AUGCAAACAACAACAACAAAUAUAACAUGGAAUGGUUGGAAAAAGAACUAUGAUGGUCCUCAACUUGGUUUAGACUCUAUUAGAUAUGCGUUAGCUCAUGUUGGUUAUACAGCAGCGGCAUUAGCUUAUAGAACACCAAAUUAUCGUGAAUUAGCUUUAAAAAUAUUAAAAGACUCGAUCGAACGUAUGCUGACAAUCAAAGUAUGGGGAUAUAUUGAUACUUAUUGGAAAAAAGUACCCACAUUUCCAGAUCCUGUUUGCUUUGAAAAUAUAAUGUACAGUGGUCAUUUAUUACAAUUAUUGACACUUUAUGAGAGUAUUUCAGGUGAUUUCACAUACGAUAUUGAUGGAUUCUAUUUCGUAUGGGAUAAAGAUGGAGAUCCAAUAGCUAAAAUACAUUAUACAACAACAAAAUUAGCAAAUGUUAUUUAUCGCCAAAUGAAUGAAGAAUCAUCAGCUGGUGUACCAUGUGAACCUGGAUGGGUUUAUACUAUUUGUCAAAAUCAUCCACAUCUUGGCUUACAACUCUAUGAUAUUGUUCGUAACGAUAAAACAAAUUUUUCUCGAAUAGCAUCCAAAUGGAAAGAUUUUUUAACAAAAUAUGCUUUAGAAGAUAUACCUGUUUUUAAAAAAGAUCGAUAUUUUAAAAUGUUAUAUCAAAAAGCUACUCACAUCUGGGUCCCAUUUUUUGCAGCAACAGGUAAUGAUGCAUGGGCUUUAGCAUGGAUGUCCUCAUGGUUUGAUCAGAAUGACACAUCAAAUUUUAUUUGUGAUGGUUGGAAAAUAAUGUAUAACAAUAAAUAUUGGAAACCAUCGGCAAAUCAUUCACGACCAGGUUGUUUUUUAGAUGGUGGUGGUUAUAUUGGUGAUCAAGCAACAGAAAAAUUAAAUUGUACUUAUUUAUGGUUUGAUAAUAAUUUUGGAACUCUCUUAGAUACAGACAAUGAUGGUUACUUUGAAUCAUAUUAUUAUGAAACAAAUACAGAGUUUUCGAAUUGGGUUACGUCAAAUGUAUUAUUAUCUUUGAUCAUGGGUGAAAAUGGAUACAGUACAAGACAAUAUCUACGAAAUAUUUAUAAUACAAAAUUUUAUCAAAAGUUUCUUGAUCAUGAUCCAGAAGUUUUAGCUGUUGAAUAUCCAUUGGUACGUGUUAGUCGAGCUCAAUAUGAUUCAAAUAGAAAACAAUUGUUAAUUAAUUUUAAUACAGAAAAAUCAAUGAUUUUAUCAACCAUGUUCGAAGUAAAAUAUCCCAAUUUAAUAUUACAUGUUUCAAAUAUUACUCGUGAUGGCUUGUGUGAUGGGUUCGCAAUGAAUCAAAUUUCUAAUGACAGAAUAAGAAUAGAAUAUUCUUAUAGCAGUACGGAUGAACAAGAAACAGAAUUUAACAUUUCAUUUUAUUAGAUUUUUUUUUCAUACGCUUGUUUUAAUUGAUUAUUCAUUUCUUUCAUUAGCCCUAUCGUCUCAAGGGUGUGGGUGGGUGUGUGGGGUGUGGGUGUGGGUGUUCAUUUCUUUUUACACCCACACCCCACACCCGCAGUGCUAGAGACUGAUCAGUGGCCUUCUCUUCCCAUUGCUUCAUGUGAUGUCCAUUUUUGAGGAUGUCGAUGCUCACAUAGAAAGAGACACUAUUACAUCUCUGAUGUGCUAUCUGUACAGAAAGGUAGAAAGAAAACAAUCAUCGUGAAAAGAGCUAACGAUAUUGUUCUCUCGUUUAUCCACAAUCAUGCUGUCAUCCAUGAAUGCGAGACUUUACAUGCGUGUUGCAAAUCAACUCGUGAUUAAUAGAAUUUAUUUAUUAGUAAUCAUCAGAAAUAACUCAUAGUUCUAUACUUCCCAAAAGAAUCUGUCACAGAUGCAUCCUUGAGGCUGAUUGCAUCGACGAAGGAAAAAACCAGAAACUCGGCAUUGCCACCAUUGAGCACAUGCUUGUGUGCAUUGCCAGUCGAAUGUACCUCGAGCGUUUCGUACGAGAAUUUCUUCGUCUUGUCCUUCCCUUAGAUCGUCAUCAUCCAUAUGCACCACAUUUCCUUGAAUCAUAGUCGCCAUGACCAGACUAACCAGAAGAAGUAUGCUAAAAAGAGUCUUGUGUUGCAUAGUAUUCAAUCCUUGAGCUGUAGUUUUUAAUUGAAUAUUUGUGUGUAUAAGAUGCACUGACUACUCGUUGCCUUUAUAUAGUUAUAAAGAAGGAAGUGGAAAGUGAUUCAGCACUGUGUAUCAUGAGGAAGAGAACUACUUACAUCGGCACAACAAAGAUAAGAACUAUUGUGAUCAGGCAUAGGAAAAAUACCAUCAAAAUGCAAGGUUUACAUCAUCUGACCUUUUCUAUGUUUACACUUUCUUCAUCUCGUAUGAGUCAUGAAUGGCAAGUAUUAAGAAUGAAAACUAAACAAAUAUUCUCGAAAAUGCUAUCUUUCAACGACAUGUAUUAUAUGUCUAAUUCCAACAGUCAGACAAUUUGAAUACAUGAGUGAAGGGUAUGCUCGAAAUAAGAGUGUAAAUUUGGGUAGGUGAUUGAGUUUUUGUGAAAAUGAGAUUUUCAUCCAUACACACAACGAAAUGAUGAGUUUUAUUAUAAUUUUUUUUAUUAAAAAUAAUUUGAAAAAUUACUUUUCUUUGUUCUUUUUUAUGAAUAAAAUAUUGGUGUCGAACACAAAUUUGUUCGUUCUCGCUUUAUUAUUUUUUGUAAAAAAAAUAAUUAAAUUUGAUUUGAAUUAUUAUUAUUCUAUUGUUGUUCUAUUAUGAAAUCAUAUUUUUCAAUUCUUAUAGUUUUUUUUUACCUAUGCUCGCAUUAUCAUCAUUCUUAACCAAUAGAAAAUUGUUGAAUAUUAGAAAAGAAAAAGAAAAAAUAUUUUACAAGAGAAUCUUCAGAUAGUUUUUUUUUUCAUAUUUCAUCAUGAGAGAAUUCGACCCAGUUUUCGAUAAUCAAAUUUCAUAAAAUAAUUCAUGGUCAAUUUCAACUUUCAAUAUUGAAAAUUGUAAAAUAUUCAAAUGAUUUCACAAAACAAAGAAUCAACAAAACAAAAUGAUGACGAUGUAAAAAAAAUGAUUGACAAUGUCUGAUAAUAAAUGAAGAACGAUAAUCCAAUAUAUUGAGUUUUCAAUGACAUUAUUCAUCAAAUCGAAAUAUUCACCAAAUGAAUUGCUAACAAUAAAAUCUUCUUGUCGCAUUUUCAUCACCAUUCAACAACAUUUUAUUGGUUAUUUCAAAUUCUAAUGAACAGAAUUUAAUCUUAGCAGUUUUUCAUCAAAAAUCAAACAAAUAAAUGCGACAUAUCCUUAUGAUUGUUAUCUUCCAAUAUUUCUCGUCUAUGUUGUUAAAUACUUUAUAAUUGGGAUGAGUAGAUAACACUCUCAAUCGAUCAUAUUUGACAUUGAACAAGAGUUAAUCGUUGAUAUUAAACUGUAAGCGUUUUGUUUUAAUCCAGGUCUAUCAAAUUUUUGGGCUUGACCAAGAGACUCCUGAGUUUCAGGUGUGCCACGUUAGAUUUUAGCAACAAUAGGAAUCAACAAAAAAAACCAUAGAAGAAAAAAAUAAGUGUAAUAGUUAGAGGUCAUAAUCUUUUAAUUCACUUUCUUAAUAGUGAAAAUGCGUUUUAUUUUUAUAAAAUAACGAAAGAAGUCGAACCAGACGUCACCUUUUAUUGGUGAGGAAAUGAAUGAAAAUUUGAAUAAUCGGUUGUUCCAAUUUUACAGUUGUCUUAUUCUUAUAAAAUACUUAUGCUUACUUUCGUUUCAUUAGUAAAUGAACAGAUAUGAAAAUAGUAGUACAAUAAAAUAUAUUCGACUACAGAAAUGUCUAAUAAUCUCAAAAG